AUGGCGGCGGAGAGCCCCACGUCCGCGCUCCGACGGGCGGCGGCGGAGGCCAAGAACGGCGCCGGCCUUCUCAGCCCCCGGUUCCGCUCGGUCGCCGAGCUGGCCGGCUGGGACGAGGAGUCCAUCCUCCUCGCGGCGCUCGUCGUCGAGGACACCCCGGUCCGCGAAUCGCGCCGCAAGAGGCGGCCCUCCUCCUCCGCCUCCGCCGGGGGCAGCGCUGGAUCUAACACCAGGAAGCGGAGGUCGCGGAGGCAGUCGCCCGGCGAGACCCCGAUCCCGCCCGUGACGCUUGUGCUCGACGACGACGACGGAGACGACGACAAGCCGAACAACCCUGCAGAUGCCAAGAAGGAGGAGGAGCAGAACAAGGUUUCUGCGUUGGAGGGGAAGGAGGCGUCCGGAUCCGCCAAGGAUGCUGUGGCGAUGCCGUGCAUGGAUCGGCUGAGGGAGGAGCUGUCUUGCGCUAUCUGUUUGGACAUCUGCUUUGAGCCCAGCACCACGCCUUGUGGUCACAGCUUUUGCUUGCAAUGCUUGAAACAUGCCGCCUCUAAGUGUGGAAAGCGGUGUCCGAAAUGCCGUCAAUUAAUCAGCAACUCAAGAUCUUGCACUAUCAACACAGUACUCUGGAACACCAUUCAACUCCUGUUUCCUAGCGAAGUUGAGGCCAGGAGGACUUCGAUUGCGUCAUGCUCGGCAAGUAUGGACGAUGAUGUGAAGCAAAGCGUUCCAAGAAGCAGCAACUUCACACAAGGUGGCAUGAGAACUAGGAACACCAGUACCAGCUCCGUUGUGCAAGACAGCGCCAGAACAAACAGGAGCUUCGUGACUCCAGGUAGCAGAAGAAGCAUGCAGGGCCCUGGAAGCAUGAACACCAGCACUGGGAGUUUCGACACACAGGAUAGGAGGAGCACAAGAAGCAGAGGCAGCAGCAGAAGCUUUGUCCAGGCGUCGCAGCUGCUCGCCACCGGGGGGUCAGCCCAAUCUGAUGACUCUGCACUGGCAUACAGGUUGCAACAGGAGGAGUUCAUGACGGCUUUCCAUACUGAAGAUGGAGAGAGGCAGCCACAGAACGCGGUAUCUACUGCCCGGGCAAACCUGAGAGCUAUGGCCUCUCGGGCUGUUCGCCUCCGUGCUCGAGGCUGGCCUCUUUAG